AUGAAAUAGAAGGAUCGAUACUUUUCGGUAACUUUUUUGGUAAUGUGCGAGUGUCUGGUUGGUUGUUCGCCACGCGUUAAUUGAAUCACGAAGGAUGGAUCAAGUGCACGUGAAAUCGUCGAGAUCGACGUCGAGGAGCAAUCCGGCGAAAAUGGCGUGCGAGAAGGCGAGCAAGAGGCUCAGGACGAUUCUGGUGAAGGCGUCGCGCCUCGGCGUCUCGACGACGGAAGUUGCCAAGUUGCCAAGCGCCAAGAAGCUCAUUCCGCAGAGAGAUCACGGAUGGAAGUUGGCGGUGUUCCUCCUGGUCAUGUUCGGUGGCGGAGUGAUCGUCGCCUUGGCCUGCACGGCGAGGAAAGGCUGCUCGAAACUGGAGGAGAUCAUUCAGGCAUGUGGCCAAAAGCAGGGACGUUGUCGUUAUCAUCGUCAUUGGAGCAUAUGCCGAGCGAAGAAGUCGCGCAACCGGAAUACCGCUCUACCAAGCAUCUUUUAUUCUGGUUGAGCAAAACGAGAAGUUCACGACCCUGUAGCCUAUAUUACAUCGAUUCGAUGAGAGACCAUCGAACUUACUUUGAAACUUGAAAUUGCAUAUUAUUGGAUUCUAUCGACAUCCACGAUAUUUCAGGAGAAAUACAAUGACCGCGUCCAAAUUUUACUUUAUGCACAGAAUACAGCGUAUAAUUGCCACUACGAUUUUAUUAUCAUUCAUUUAUUAUCACACAUAUAUUUCAUUCUACAUUUUAUAA